AUGGUUCAUGUUGUGAAGGGGUCCCUUUGGGUCUAUGCACCCACGAAAGGUGUCUCUAUAGUGUUUGCUGUUCUGUUCGCCAUCUCUUGCUGCCUUCAUAUCUGGCAGAACAACAUCAAAUUCAAGUCAUGGCGUAUUGGAUUUCUCCUCCCAUGGGCGGCACUCCUUUUCGUUGCCGGCUUCUCUCUUCGAGAAUAUGGCGCCUAUCACUAUGACAAUCUCGACAUCUUCAUCGCCAGCACAGUUCUCUUGUUUCUAGCUCCACCGGUUUACAAUGGUGCAAAUUAUUUCAUCUUCGGAAGGAUCUUGUACUAUCUCCCAUACCUCUCUCCCUUGCACCCUGGCCGUGUGUGGACAACCUUCAUCGCUCUGGAUACGAUCGACGGGAUCAUUGCCGGCAAUGGUGCUGCGAAUGCGUCCAACGCAUCAAAUAGCGAGUCCAAAAUCAAAUCCGGCAUCAUCCUCGUCAAAGUCUCACUGUUCCUGCUGCUGGGUAUGUUUCUGGGCUUUAUGAUCCUGAUUAUCAUAUUUCAUCGACGAGCUGUUGCAGCCGGUGUCUUCACAUACAAGACGAAGAUCAUCAUCUACGAACUAUACGUCUCCUGUUUCCUGAUCCUCAUCCGGAAUGUCUUCCGCACUGCAGCCUUCUUCUACCCGCCAGAUUCGAUUGCAAACGGCGAUGAAGUCCUUUUUUGGGUUCUUGAAGCCCUCCCGAUGCUGGUGAACAGCUAUCUCAUGAACGUCUAUCCUCCGGCGAAGUAUCUUCCUGCAAAUCACAAGAUAUAUCUGGCAGUAGAUGGAAAAACAGAGAUCGAGGGACCAGGCAUGGUUGACAAAAGACCUUUCCUGCUGACAUUCUUUGAUCCUUUCGAUCUCACGGGACUCAUAAGCGGACAAGACAACAAGAACAAAUUUUGGGAGAAGGAUGGCAUUGGCGGGCCACUGCCGGCGGUUAGGGGGGAUGAGACUGAAAUCAUGAGGACUACGGAGGAAGGCCAGGUUAAGACAUGA